AUGGAAAGGCCCAACCUGGUCGAGCUGAAGAUGCCGAAUUUGCAGGCCACAUACCCCGUCGGCGAUCCGCCACAGUUGGCAUCCCCGGAGCAGGUGGCCAAAUUCGUGGCCCAUUUGCCAAAGGAACUUCAGGGUGGACAACACAUCAUUUUGAAGGAGAUGGAUCCAGAGCGCAUGCUGGCUAACGCUGCUUUAUACCGGGAGCAGAAGCGAAAGGAAGAACAGAAGCUGCGGGAAAUCAACUUUCCCUGGUGGACUUGGGUCAGCGAAGUCUUCUGCUGCGGUCCCCGUCAGCACUCGAUGGGCUGA